GUAAAAGUGUUAAAGGAAACGUGUGGAUUUUGAUGUGAUAAGUGAGAAUACUUUUAGCGGCGCAAUUGUGCGCCGGUAAAAGUAUUUAUUGCGCCGGUAAAAGUAUUUACUUAAACGCUCGUUUUUGGCUACUUAGGUCAGAUUUUAAAAACACUUUUACCGGCGCAAUUGGAUGCGCCGGUAAAAGUAUAUAUAUGAAUCAGGAGCACAAAGCCCCCUUCUUCUCCUCCAUUUUUCAUUUUUUUGCCUAGGUUUUCUCUGAAAACCUCUCAGCCCCCCUCUCUCAAUCUCUCUUUAAUUCUCUCUCAUUCUCUAUCAAUCUCUCUCAAUUUCUAACCCCCCCUCUCAAUCCCUCUCAAUCCCUCUCUUUUUCUCUUCAAAAAAACCACCACCACCACCUCCAACACCACCACCACCGUCGGCCACCACCACCAUCGACGGCGGCCGAGCUACGCCAGCCACCACCGCAGACCACCAAGCCCCACCUCCUCCAAUUUAUUUAAGGUAUUUUUAAUUUUUUUAAUUUUAAUUUUUUUUAAUGUUUAUAUGUAUAGAUUUGUGUAUGUAUGUGUGUAUUAGUAUAUGUAUGUGUAUAUGUAUGUAUUUCUGUAUGUAUGUGUAUGUAUAUUUAUGUGGGUAUAAAUGUAUGUAUGUGUAUAAAUACAUGUAUGUAUGUAUAUGUAUGUGUAUGUGGGAUUAUGUAUAUAUAUAUGUGUAUGUAUGUGUAUGUGGGUGUGUAUAUAUAUGUGUGUAUAUGUAUGUAUGUAUGUAUGUGUGUAUGUAUUUAUGUGUAUGUGUAUGUGUAUGUGGGUGUGGGUGUGUAUAUAUAAGUAUGCAUGUAUUUGUAUGUGUAUAUUGGUGUAUGUAUAUAUAUAUGUAUGUAUGUAAAUAAGUAUGCAUAUAUAUGUGUGUGUAUGUAUGUAUAUAUGUAUGUAAAUAUAUAUGUAUAUGUGUGUGUAUAAGUGUAUGUGAGUGUGUGUGAGUGUAUGUGUAUGUGUAUGUGUAUGUGUAUGUGUAUGUGUAUGUGUAUGUGUAUGUGUAUGUGUAUGUGUAUGUGUAUGUGUAUGUGUAUGUGUAUGUGUAUGUGUAUGUGUGUGUGUAAGUUAGUGUAGGGUAAUGGAUAUGUGAUAAAAUUUUUAAAUUUUUAUAGGUAUUAAAUUUUUAAUUUGGUUUUACUUUUUUAUGGAAUUAGGUCCGUGUUCGACCGCUCGGGAUUACCGCUAGCUGCCUGCAGUUGUCAUUUUUGCACUCGAUUCAGUAUGUCUACACCAGGUGGCAGCAGUUCGAAAAAGAAAGGGGUCAGAGGUAAAUACAAAGGCAAGAAUGUUGAGGAGGAGCUCUCCAAAACACAAUCUGCCAAGUUACAGAUUGAGCUGCACGCAGAGACUGGCACCCCCGUCGGCAAAAACGGAAAAAAAUUCAACAAUAUGGCGAAAUGGAUGACUCGGAUGUCUAUCCCCAUUAAUAAAUUCAAAUGGGAAGAUGUCAGUAGAGCUGACAUCAAUGCCCUCUGGGAUAGACUUGAGGUAUGUCUUAAUAAUUUUUUUAAUUUCUAAAUUACUAUACUCUUAUUAAAUUGUAAUUAAUGUAUUAAUGUGUAACUUUUUGCAGACCAAGUUUGUCCUCCCACGAGAUAACCCUACAUUCGUAGACUACGGUGAGUACGAGAUGUCAAAGGGUUUACGUGACUGGAGGGCAGACUGCAAGAAAAAGUGGAUACAAAACAUUGAGGAGCUUGGACAGGAGAGGGCCGACAUGUCACCUCCUGAGGGAAUAACUCAAGAGGUGUGGAGUGACUGCAUCGCUUAUUGGAGCACAGACAAACAAAAGGUACAUUUUUUUUUUAAAUUUCUAAUUUUAGUAAUGUUUAAUUUAUAUAGUCAAUAAUAAAUAAUUAAUUGUUAGAAAAAUUAUUAAUUUCAGGCGAGAGCAGCGAAAAAUAAAGAAAGUCGGGGUAAGAUGAAAUUUCUAGGAGGCUGGGGCUCCAAGCCUAUUGUUUCACAUGUUGUCGAGGGGGCUAACCCCGACACAGGAGAACUGCCAACUGCGGUGGAAACUUUUCAAAAGUUUCACCAUAAAGGCAACAAUUGGCGCAACGAGUACGCACAACAAGCUUACGAGCAAAUGGUUGAAAUAGCGGCAACUCAACCAGCGCCCACUGAAGAUGAGCCCGAUGAGCCUGCUGUCGAUCCUACACAGUACCCCCGAGACUUACCUGUUAUGACGCAAGUACUCGGGGAACGAUCUCGACAUCUUAGAGGCUUUGGCCAUCUCCCCAGACUGAAGGGAGUUGGGGCCAAAAGAGCACCUGCCACGCAUCCUUCAGCCCCACCGACUGUUACAAUGGAACAGUACGAGGCUUUACAGAAAAAACGAUUCCAAGAUCAGUUUGAGUAUCUUUCUCGAGCUGUGCCGGGUUUCAACUUGCCUCCCAUGGAUCUUCCACCAUUGCCCACUCCUGGUGCUGGAUCGUCGGCUGCUCCUGGUGCUGGAUCGUCAUCGCAGCCUCCCGAGACUCAGAGAAACAACGAUGACGACAUUACCCGCCUAUAG